AGGUUAUUAUGCAGAUUUAAGGCCUCACCUUCCACGUUGAUAAAUUUCUAGAAAUGAGGUCAUCCCCCUCUUCCCAGUACAGAGAGGGAGAUACCUUUACAAAUGGAGAGUUCCCUUAUAAAUGUAAAUGUUUGUCUGGCAACUCCUCGCAGGGCCAUCCAGAGAAUGUGGCCAGAGAGAGGGAACUUCCCAUAAGAUGGGCUUGUUGGUGCCUUUUCUAUUGUAACAUCUAUUUUACAUGAUAUUACAGCCAUCAGAUAGAAGAUCUGUUCCAGGAAGGAGUUACUCUGUCAAAUUCUUUAGGCAGUUAGUGGGGGAGGUCAAAUGUCCGGUCAGAGAAAACCAUUUCAGGGUAGCCAAAUCUUGAUCUCCCACACUCCUGAAAGAGCAGUCAUUUAAAGAAAGAGAAGAGAGGGGGAAAGGCAGGCAGUGGGUGGCAGGCUGAGUCCACUCUCCUAACACCAGAGGGCUCACCAGGACCCUUAAGUACCUGUGCUGCUGCUGCCCCUGCCUCUACUGCCACCAAGAUCCUGACCUUCGGGGUUAUAGGGGACAACACCCGUGGCUCCCAUGUGGCACAAGGUAUUAGUUCAAACCUGACUUACGCCCAGGGUUUAAACCCUGUAAGCCAACCAGUGUUGUCACAGGGGAGGCUCCUAAUGCUGAUGGCACUGUUUUGAGGCUCUUGGGUGGUAAAAAUUUAUAAAUACCAGGGUGAAGAGGUACUCCCUCCCCUGAAGUGUGUCCCAUGAUUAAGAAAACAAAACAGGAAAGAUCAGGAGGAAGGAAAAAUAGAUAAAAUAUGGAAACAGAGGUCCAUAAUUUGACCCAAUUAGAAAUCCAAAAUAUACUGAGGAAUUUACACAGCAAAACAGAUAAAGGUGCACUGCUGGGCUUUUGGGCCUGUACAACAUAGGUUCUGAAUUAAUUUUGCUAUCUGACGUAAUGCAGUAAUUCAGAAACCUUCAAGCAGUUAAUCAAUACUAGGUCUCAAAUUACAGUUAUACCUGGAUCCCAUUACAUUUAAGCAAGUUCCCCCUGAUGAUCUUAGGGGUGUUAAUGAAUACAAUAUAGAGGACAGAUAGGACAAAUGUUUAAUCUUUAGCCUUCAGAGCUAUGGUUUGCCUAGAAUCUCGGUCGUAGCACUCAUUGUCCUAAAUCAUUCCAUAGUGAGCUGGGAAGCUCUGAACCAAUGAUCAAGAAUUAUAAUUAAAUGAAGUCUCUGCCACUUACAAAUUGGCUUGACAAAUUGUGACCCUAGGGACCUUACCCCACAAAUCAAGUCGUUAACAUGGCCCAAUGUAAAUUGCCCAGGGCCUUGAAGGAUUGAAAAGUGUAUAGGAAACCUAGUUAGUGAAGGGUGGACUGUUUCCAGUGCUUCUUCUAACAGCCCAAUUUGUCCUGUUAUUAAACCUGGAAAGGAGGAAUGACACCUCAGAGUGGUUUACCUCAACUUGAGGCUAUGGUUGCAUCACACAGACCUCUAUACCCAGUCCCAACAGUGUGGAAAUUACUGGCUACAACCAAUCAGCAAGUGAUAAAUAUCCUGCUCUCAUAGAUUUGGUUAAGUCUGUUCUGUCAGUGCCUGUGUCAACAGCCUCUGAUCUGCACUUGGCCUUCCCCUCUGAAGGGACAUGAUGCACCUUUACUGGGUUAUCCUCGUGGAUCUUCAACAGCUGUGCCCUCCCACACAGUCAUUGCAGCAGGAUCUGAACUGCAUCCUGGUUUCUCCAAGAAUACAGGAUUCAGUAGCCAUUGAGGAUGUGGCUGUGAACUUCACCCCAGAAGAGUGGACUUUACUGGAUCCUUCACAGAGGAAACUCUACAGAGAUGUGAUGUGCGAAACCUUCAGGAACCUGGCCUCUAUAGGAAAAUCAUGGGAAGAUAAUGAUGUUGAAGUUAAAAACACAAGCCAGGGAAGAAAAUUAAGAAAUCGUAUGUUACAGAGACUCUUCAAAAGUGAAGAUAGUCGUCUAUGUCAAGAAAACAUCAGCCUAAAUCCAAAUCGCAGUCUGAACAAGAAAACUACAGGUGAUAAACCAUGUGAAUGCAGUGCAUGUGGAGUAGUCUUCAUGCAUCAUUCAUCCCUUAAAAGGCACAUUAGAUGUCACACUGAAUACAAACUGUAUGACUACCAAAAAGAUGGAGAGAAGCAAUAUAAAUGUAAGGAAUGUGGAAAAGCCUUCCCUUUUCACAAGUCUCUUGAAAUACAUGAAAGAAUUCAUACUGGAGAGAAACUCUAUGAAUGUAAAAAUUGUAGUAAAGCAUUCACUUCUUCCAGUUCCCUUCAGAGACAUGAAAGAAAUCACACUGGAGAGAAACCCUAUGAAUGUAAAGAAUGCGGGAAAGCCUUCAGGUGUAGCAGUUCUCUUCGAAAACAUGAAAUAACUCACACUGGAGAGAAACCUCAUGAAUGUAAAAUCUGCAGUAAAGCAUUCACUUCUUCCAGUUACCUUCGAGAACAUGAAAGAAUUCAUACUGGAGAGAAACGCUAUAAAUGUAAAAAAUGCAGUAAAGCAUUCACUUCUUCCAGUUCUUUUCGAAGACAUGAAAGAAUUCACACUGGAGAGAAACCCUAUGAAUGUAAAAACUGCAGUAAAGCAUUCGCUUCUUCCAGUUAUCUUCGAGAACAUGAAAGAAUUCAUACUGGAGAGAAACUCUAUGAAUGUAAAAAUUGUGGUAAGGCAUUCACUUCUUCCAGUUCCCUUCAGAGACAUGAAAGAAAUCACACUGGAGAGAAACCCUAUGAAUGUAAAGAAUGCGGGAAAGCCUUCAGUUAUAGCAGUUCUCUUCGAAAACAUGAAAGAAUUCACACUGGAGAGAAACUCUAUGAAUGUAAAAAUUGUAGUAAAGCAUUCACUUCUUCCAGUUCCCUUCAGAGACAUGAAAGAAAUCACACUGGAGAGAAACCCUAUGAAUGUAAAGAAUGCGGGAAAGCCUUCAGUUUUAGCAGUUCUCUUCGAAAACAUGAAAUAACUCACACUGGAGAGAAACCUCAUGAAUGUAAAAACUGCAGUAAAGCAUUCACUUCUUCCAGUUAUCUUCGAGAACAUGAAAGAAUUCAUACUGGAGAGAAACCCUAUAAAUGUAAAAAAUGCAGUAAAGCAUUCACUUCUUCCAGUUCUCUUCGAAGACAUGAAAGAAUUCACACUGGAGAGAAACCCUAUGAAUGUAAAAACUGCAGUAAAGCAUUCGCUUUUUCCAGUUAUCUUCGAGAACAUGAAAGAAUUCAUACUGGAGAGAAACUCUAUGAAUGUAAAAAUUGUGGUAAGGCAUUCACUUCUUCCAGUUCCCUUCAGAAACAUGAAAGAAAUCACACUGGAGAGAAACCCUAUGAAUGUAAAGAAUGCGGGAAAGCCUUCAGUUGUAGCAGUUCUCUUCGAAAACAUGAAAUAAUUCACACUGGAGAGAAACUAUAUGAAUGUAAAAAUUGUAGUAAAGCAUUCACUUCUUCCAGUUCCCUUCAGAGACAUGAAAGAAAUCACACUGGAGAGAAACCCUAUGAAUGUAAAGAAUGCGGGAAAGCCUUCAGGUGUAGCAGUUCUCUUCGAAAACAUGAAAUAACUCACACUGGAGAGAAACCUCAUGAAUGUAAAAACUGCAGUAAAGCAUUCACUACUUCCAGUUAUCUUCGAGAACAUGAAAGAAUUCAUACUGGAGAGAAACGCUAUAAAUGUAAAAAAUGCAGUAAAGCAUUCACUUCUUCCAGUUCUCUUCGAAGACAUGAAAGAAUUCACACUGGAGAGAAACCCUAUGAAUGUAAAAACUGCAGUAAAGCAUUCACUUCUUCCAGUUAUCUUCGAGAACAUGAAAGAAUUCAUACUGGAGAGAAACCCUAUGAAUGUAAAAAAUGCAGUAAAGCAUUCAGUUCUUCCAGUUUUCUUAAAAUACAUGAAAGAACUCAUACUGGAGAGAAACCCUAUGAAUGUAAAGAAUGUGGGAAAUCCUUCAGUUGUAGUAGUUCUCUUCGAAAACAUGAAAUAACUCACACAGGAGAGAAACAUGAAUGUAAAAAAUGCAGUAAAGCAUUCACUUUUUCCACUUGUCUUCAAAGACAUGAAAGAACUCAUACUGGAGAGAAACCCUAUGAGUGUAAAGAAUGCAGGAAAGCCUUCAGUUGUAGUAGUUCUCUUCGAAAACAUGAAAUAACUCACACAGGAGAGAAACAUGAAUGUAAAAAAUGCAGUAAAACAUUCACUUCUUCUAGUUCUCUUCAAGUACAUGAAAGAAUUCACACUGGAGAGAAACCCUAUGAAUGUAAAAAUUGCAGUAAAGCAUUCAGGUCUUCCAGUUAUCUUCGAGAACAUGAAAGAAUUCAUACUGGAGAGAAACGCUAUAAAUGUAAGAAAUGCAGUAAAGCAUUCAUCUUUUCCGGUUCUCUUAAAGUACAUGAAAUAACUCACACUGGAGAGAAACCCUAUGAAUGUAAAAAAUGCAGUAAAGCAUUCAGUUUCUCCAGUUUUCUUCAACAACAUGAAAGAAUUCAUACUGGAGAGAAACCCUAUGAAUGUGAAAAAUGCAGUAAAGCAUUCACUUUUUCCACUUCUUUGCGAAGACAUGCAAGAACUCAUACUGGAGAGAAACCCUCUGAAUGUAAGGAAUAUAUGAAAGCCUUUAUGAUUCCUUCAAGCCUUUGAUCUCACCUGUUCUUUCACGCUGGAGAUGGACGUUACUAGCAUAAGCAAUGUGAGAAAGUGUUCAUUUCUCCCAGUGCAUUUUGAAUAUGUGAAAGGAGUCAUAGAACAGACAAACCCUAUGAAUGUAAGGAAUGUGGGAAAGCCUUUAUAAUUCCCUCAAGCCUUCAAUCCCAGAUGGUCUUCCUCACUGGAAAUGGAUCGUAUAAAUGUAAGGAACGUGAGAAAGCCUUCACUUCUCCCAGUUUUCUUCAGACACAUGAAAGAACUCAUACUGGAGAGAAAGCUUAUGAAUUUAAGGAAUGUGCACAAACAUUCACUUAUCACAUAUCACUUCAAAGAAAUGAAAGAAGUCACACUGGAGAAACACUAUGAAUGUCAGUAAAAUGAGAAAGCCUUUAUUUUUCAUGAAAACCUUUGAGGAAGUGCAAGAAUGCACACUAGAAGAAAUACCAUGUAAAGAUAAAGAAUGUGGAAAGGGCUUUUGUCAUCCAGUUCUUUCUGAAGGCAUGAAGGACUCAAUAACCUCUUGAAUGUAAGUAGCAUGGAAAAGACUUCAAUUGGCCCACCCCCUUCUAUGUGAUACUUUUACCAAAAAGAAGUAUAAAUGUAAGUGAUAUGAGAAAGCUUAUUGGAAAUUAAUUUCUGUAUCAUAUUCUAGAAAACUUUCAACAUGAAAUUCAGAGAUGUUACAGAAGUUGUAAACAUUGUGUUUACCAAGUUACUUCUCAAAGUGCAGCAUGAGAGUGUGGAUUUCUAUUACUUUCAGAAAAGACUAUUGAGAUGAGAUAAUUUUGCAAGUCAUCCUUUAUCAAUAGUACAUAAGAUUAAUAGAUACUGUUUUUUCUUUAAAUCAGUUAGUAAUGUUUUCUCUUUUUUUAUAAUGUGUUAAUUGUUCUGUGUUAAGGGGCUAUUAAAAAUGACACUGUGUUUGUUGGGA